AUGGCCGAACGCACUGUCAAGUCCCAAUUUGCCCCAGACCGGGACAACCUCCCAUCGCCCGAAGACCUCGGGGUCACGUUGGCUCCCGAUGCUUUGGAGCUCGCCCAUGACAGCGAGAAGUUGGCGGAAGCCUAUGGUCCAGCGAACUUCAAGGCUGUUGUGCAGAACAAGGUGGCAUUCCUCAGCGCCAUCUGCUCGUGUGUCGGUGGCCUCUUGUUCGGCUUUGACCAGGGUCUCGUGUCCAUUAUUCUCGUCAUGCCACACUUCCUCAAGCAGUUCCCAGAAGUAGACGAGGCAGUCACUUCUUCCGCCUCCCUCAACAAGGGUAUCAUGACUGGUCUUCUGGAGCUUGGUGCUUUCAUGGGAGCCCUCAUGGCCGGCUACGUCGCCGACAGGUACUCUCGCAAGGCCUCCAUCGGAUUCGGAAUUACUUGGUUUGCCAUUGGCUCCACCCUCCAGACGGCGUCAUUCGGCCUGCCUCAACUCAUCGUUGGCCGCUUCAUUGGCGGCGUGGGAAUUGGUGUGCUUUCAACUACUAGCCCCAUGUACAUUUCCGAAGUCGCCCCACCGAACAUCCGUGGAGGUCUCUUGGCCAUGGGAGAGCUCUCCAUUGUGAUCGGCAUCGUAGUGAUGUUCUAUAUCACGUACGCCACACGACACAUUGUCUCGGAGUGGAGUUUCCGCCUGCCCUUCCUUCUCCAGAUGGUGCCGGCUCUGCCACUCGCAAUCGCCCUGUUCUUCCUCCCCUACUCUCCCCGCUGGCUCGCGUCCAAGGGCCGUGACAAGGAAUGCCUGCAGACACUCUGCCGUCUGCGCAACCUUCCUGACACGGACGCCCGUGUGCAGGCCGAGUGGCUCACCAUUCGCGCCGAGGCUUGCAGGAACCGCGAGACCCUUGUGCAGACCCACCCCACUCUCAUUUCGUCCCCGCUCAAGCUCGAGGUGGCCUCGUGGAUUGACAUGUUCCGCCCAGCUGUCAUUAGGCGUACUAUGAUUGGUAUCGUACUCAUGAUCGGGCAGCAGUUCUCUGGAAUUAACGCCCUCAUCUACUACUCGCCAACCCUCUUCCAGCAGCUGGGUCUCGACUCUGAGCUUCAGCUCACAUUCAGUGGAGUCAUGAACGUCGCCCAACUGGUCGCAGUCAUCUUCCCCUGCUUCUUCCUUGACAGGAUCGGUCGCAAGCCGCCUCUCGUCCUGGGUGGUAUUGCCAUGGCCCUCUGCCACUUUGUCGUUGGCGGCCUGACUGCCCGUUACGCUUCUGAUUGGCCCGCCCACCCCGCUGCCGCUUGGACUGCUGCUGGGUUCAUUAUCGGAUUCAUGUUGCCAUUCGGAUUGUCCUGGGGGCCUGUUCCUUGGGCUCUCCCGUCUGAGAUUUUCCCCAGCAGUCGACGUGCAAAGGGUCUGGCAAUUACCACCUGUACCAACUGGUUCUUUAACUUCAUCAUUGGUGUCAUCACUCCGCCCCUCAUCAGUGGAACUGGGUACGGUACCUUCUUGUUCUUUGGAAUCUGGUCGACCUUGGCCGGCCUGUGGGCAUUCUUCUUCGUGCCCGAGACCAGGGGUGUUACCCUCGAGCAAAUGGACAAGGUGUUUGGCAGCCACACCGCGCACGACGACCUUAUUGCCAAGGACGACAUUCUCAAUCGCCUCACUGGCACCACACUGUCCGUUGGUAGCGUUGAACAGAAGUACGAUUCGGAGUGGGUUGAGAAGGUGUAG